AUGGCACCAAUCGAUGGCCAAGACACUCCGGAGGGCAUCUUCUCCCUCCUCGACACCGACCUCUACAAGCUGACCAUGCAAUGCGCCGUGCUCAAGUACUUUCCAGACACGCCAGUCAGCUACCAGUUCACCAAUCGCACACCAGAGAAGCGCUUGACCAAGAAAGCAUACACAUGGCUACAAGAGCAAAUCGAUAAGCUCGAGAACAUCAGGGUCACAUACGAGGAGAUUGCUUGGCUGAAGAAGACAUGCCCAUACCUCACCACAGAGUACUUGGAGUUCCUGAGGACUUUCCGUCUGCAUCCCUCGGAACAGGUCAAGCUUAGUUUCACAUCCGUGAAGACUGGCGACGUCUCGGAAGACCACCCUGGCGACAUCGAUCUGUCUGUACAUGGCGUCUGGAAGGACACGAUACUGUACGAGAUUCCGCUGCUUGCACUCACUUCCGAGGCCUAUUUCAAGUUCGUGGACACCGCCUGGAGCCACGAAGGUCAGGUCGAGAACGCAAAGCGCAAGGGUGAGCGACUUAUUGAAGCAGGGUGUGUCUUCAGCGAGUUCGGCAGCAGGAGGCGCAGAGACUACAAGACGCACGAGAUGGUCAUGGAUGGCUUGAUCGAAGCUCAGAAAGAGUCCGAGAGCAACGGUAAAGACUGGAAGGGCAAGUGGACAGGUACAUCCAAUGUUCACAUGGCCAUGAAGUAUGGUGUCAACCCGAGCGGUACCGUUGCACACGAGUGGUUCAUGGGCAUCGCUGCCAUUACCCAAGACUAUGCCAACGCGAACGAGGCUGCAAUGCAGUACUGGACGGGCACAUUCGGUCGUGGCGUGCUAGCUAUCGCACUGACAGACACGUUCGGCACACCCUCAUUCCUCAGAGCUUUCUCACGCCCAGCACCACAGAGUGGCGAAACCGACAACAUUCAUGGGAACGAGCCAAACUACGCGCACAUCUUCAGUGGUGUUCGUCAAGACUCUGGCGAUCCAGUCGAAUACAUCAAGAUGAUGCGCAAGUACUACGAUAGCCAGGGUAUCAAGGAUAAGAAGAUCAUCGUAUUCUCUGAUAGCCUCAACAUCGACCGCUGCAUUCAGUACAAGGAGGCGACGGAGGCUGCAGGUCUGACUCCAAGUUUCGGCGUGGGCACUUUCUUCACAAACGAUUUCAAGAAUCUGAGUACCAACGAGAAGAGUGUACCGCUCAACAUCGUGAUCAAACUCAGUCGUGCCAACGGUAGAUAUGCGAUCAAGCUCAGCGAUGACAAGGGUAAGAACAUGGGCAAUGAGGAGUUCAUGCGUUCGGUCAAGGAGGCCGUCGGCUACAACGAGAAGAUCUGGGAGGGUGGCAAUGAGGCCCAUCGCUGGGAUAAGAACGACGGCUAA